AUGUUUGAUGUCUCCGGCCACAGUGAUGGCACUCUCCUUCCCACCAGUGAUGCUGAUGCGGUCUGGUACAAGCGUGACGGUCUCGUCAAACUCUGGAUCUAUGGCACCCACGCUCUACCUCUGUUUCACUCCUCCUUCAAAACCGGUGGCUCUGCUCGCGACAUUUGGCUUCGCGUGGAGAAUCAAUUCCGAAACAAUAAAGAGGCUCGUGCAAUCCAGCUUGACAAUGAGUUACGCACAAUGGAGAUCAAAGAUCUCUCCAUUCGUGACUAUUUCCAGAAGAUCAAGUCUGUUGCUGAUCUCCUUGCCAACGUCGAUGCUGCUGUCAAUGACCGAAACUUGGUGAUGUAUCUCCUCAAUGGAUUGAAUGAAAAAUUUGAUAACAUUCUCAAUGUUAUCAAACACAAAGAACCUUUUCCUUCUUUCGACGUUGCCAAGUCGAUGCUCGAACUCGAGGAGAAUCACCUCAAGAAGGUGACUCGUUCAUCUGCUGCUCACCAUGACCACUCCUCCUCCUCCACGGCUCUCACUGUGACUGCCCCUUCCCAACAAUCUGUUUCAAAUCGCUCGCGGUUCAACAACAACAACAGAGGAAAACGGUUUAACAUCCGUGGCAGAGGUGGUCGUGGUAACAACACCGGCUCCAAUCGUCCGUCUUGGGGUUCUCAAUGGCCUCAUGGUCGUUUCCCUCAUUCUGCGUCCUCAUCACACCCACAUCCACCUCAGGCCAACUUUGUGGAGUUUCAGCAGCUGAUGCAGUCCUAUGUAACCGAGUCUCUCAAUGAUCCCUCUGCAUCUGACUGGUUCAUGGACACUGGCACCACCGCCCAUCUCACACCAACCGCAGGUAUCGUCAACUCUACUCUUAAUAGUAGCACCACUAAUUCUGUCAUUGUUGGUAAUGGUUCUUUGAUUCCUGUCACUUCCUCUGGCAACACCACCUUUUCCACCCAAACCAAACCUCUCCACCUCAAAAAUGUUCUUGUUGCACCCAACAUUGUCAAAAAUCUCAUUUCUUGUGAAGGAUCUUCCAAGUCGGAUACCUCUGCUCCGCUGUGA